CUGUCGUUUUUGGGUUUGUUUUGAAUCGGUUUUGAAUGGUUCGCCGUCGGGUGCAAGAAGAAAGCCGGGCAUAAAAUGCUGCGAUUUUUGCGACCACACAAUCCUCCCGUGCGGUCCGUAACGAGAUGGAUUAUCCGAGAGUACAGUUCGAACAGAGGAAUCGCACCGGCCUACAAACCAGCCGUAGUCGAAUCAAACUACACACCACCGGAUGCGGGUCUGAUUAACCGGCAGCUGAGCGAGGACACGAAGGUUUACAGUCUUCUGUUGCCUCCACCGAAUGUAACGGGAGAGCUGCACCUAGGCCAUGCACUGACCUGUACCAUACAGGAUGCACUGAUUAGACAUAACCGAAACCGUGGUCAUAGAACGCUCUGGAUUCCCGGCAUGGAUCACGCCGGCAUUGCGACGCAGGUGGUGGUCGAAAAGCGGAUACGUAAGGAACGGAACCUGACACGGCAUGAACUCGGUAGGGAGCGAUUCCUGGAGGAAGUUUGGCGAUGGAAACACGAAAAGGAAGCACGGAUACGGACGGCUCUGAAGCAGCUGGGAAGUACGAUGGAUUGGAGCAGAGAGUAUUUUACCAUGGACGAGCGACAGUCGGUCGCCGUGAAGGAAGCAUUUGUGCGACUCUUCGAAAGUGGCCUCAUCUAUCGCGAUCAAUCGCUCGUCAACUGGUCUUGCAGUCUCGAGUCGGCCAUUUCGGACGUAGAAGUAGAAAACCUGCAGCUCGUUGGGCCCACCUCGCUGGCAGUGCCAGGAUAUGACCGUAACGUUACGUUCGGCCGCAUGGUGGACAUAGCGUAUCGAGUUCAGGGAUCGACGGAGGAAAUCGUUGUGUCGACCACACGCCCGGAAACAUUCCUCGGUGAUGUAGCCGUAGCUGUCCACCCGGCAGACGGCAGGUAUUCGCAUUUGCGGGGCCGAUCCACCUUUCUUUGGCAUCCGGUACGCAAAGAAGAGAUCCCGCUUAUCUUCGAUGAUUCCGUCGAUCGUACGUUCGGCACGGGUGCGGUCAAGAUAACGCCCGCACACGAUCGGUUCGAUUUUGAGAUGGCGCGCAGGCACCAGCUGGCCACGAUUGAGGUGAUCGAUGAGCGAGGAAUCGUGCGAGAGCAUUUUGAACCGUUUUCCGGGCUGUCUCGAUAUGAAGCACGUGAACGGUUGCUGGACUACCUUUCGAAGCUUUCGUUACUGCGUGGGGUGCGCGAUCAUGCGAUGGUGUUGCCAAUCUGUUCCAGAUCGAAAGACGUAGUGGAACUGCUGCUGCGACCACAGUGGUUUGUGCGGUGUCAGGAAAUGGCUCGCCGUGCCGUAGCGGCCGUUCGCGAUGGCGAGCUACAGAUUGAGCCGCAAACAUUCGAGCGGGAAUGGUUCCGAUGGUUGGAAAAUUGCCACGACUGGUGUAUAUCUCGGCAACUCUGGUGGGGCCAUCGAAUUCCAGCCUUUCGAGUGCAACACGGACGCUCGACACGUUGGAUUGCCGCCAGAUCCCUAGAAGAGGCACGUGAGAAGUAUACGAACGAACGGUCGAAUCAUGCUGAAAUGUCUGGAACCGAAGCGAUAACCAUAGAACAGGAUACCGACGUGCUGGACACUUGGUUUUCCUCCGCCUUACUACCCUUCUCAACGACGGGAUGGCCGAACUCGGUACCAUACAAUCAGCAGGAGUACCCACUGGAUCUAAUGGAAACUGGACAUGAUAUCCUAUUUUUCUGGGUAGCUCGUAUGGUUAUGCUUGGCCAGGAACUGACUGGCUCGUUGCCAUUUCGCAGGAUUCUACUUCACGGAAUCAUCUGCGACGAACAAGGAAGGAAAAUGUCCAAAAGUCUGGGCAACGUGAUAAAACCGGAGCAUGUCGUGAGCGGCAUAACGCUGGAGCGGUUGCAGGAAGAAACGAGGGCCAGCUUCCGGCAGGGCAUACUCUCGGAGGCGGAGCUAGAAAAAUCACUAGCCGGACAGCGAAAGAUGUUUCCCAGUGGGAUUCCGGAGUGCGGCACUGACGCAUUGCGCUUCACGCUAUGUUCGGCCAAUGUGAAAAACCAUUUCAUACAUUUCAACGUGCAGGAUGCGUACACUAAUAAGCUGUUUUUCAACAAAAUCUGGCAAGCGACACGCUACACGCUCGGUUGUUUGGAACGUUUUCCGCCAAGCGGGUCAUCCUGGCAGCUUCAAGACCUUACCAGUGCACCACUGAUGGACCGAUGGAUAUUGAGUCGUCUCGCCAGUACGGUCCAAGUGUGUCAUGAUGGAUUCGAAGGAUACAACUUUCACUUAGCAACGGCAGCCUUGAAAACCUUUUUCUACUACAACCUUUGUGAUGUCUACUUGGAAACGACAAAAAUCGACAUGAAACCAGAGCUGGCUACCGUUGCGUCCAUACACUCGACUGUGCUGCUCCACUGCCUUGAGGUUGGUUUGCACCAACUUGAACCCUUCGCUCCCUUUCUCGCUACGGAGCUUCUCGCACAUUUACCCCGAAUGGCAACGGACAAUGGUUCUUCAGAUGCUUGCAAGAUCCUCCGCUGCGUUGACCAAGAGUUAGAGUCAAAGAUAGACCGCCUGUUGCAUGUUUGCCAACACAUCAGACAAUCGAAAAGCGAACACACCGUACCUAUCGUCCGCAAGCAUAAUCCUGUGGUCCAUAUCUAUGCCAAAAAUGAUGAUCUAUUCGCGCUACUGUCCGCGCAACGUGCAGUCGUCCAACACUUGACUCAGUGCAAUGAUGUUAAGCUGCAUAGUAGCGAAAAGACAUUUAAUGCAAAUCCCCGGUACGUUGUCAAAUCCGCAGCAAGCCACGAGUGUACGAUAGCUGUUGAGGCUGAUGCGCUGCAGUCGUCUGUGUCCGGUGUACCGGUGAAGGAAGGGCACAAUAAGAAGAUGCUAAAACUCGAAGCAGAAAUAGAAAAACUCUGCAAAACGAUUAACAAUGACGGCUAUCGAAAAUCGGCCAGCGAAACUGUGCAGAAACGACACCAGGAACGGCUGGAACAACUAAGGCAGCAGCGCGAUGAGAUGGUAAAAAUAGGUUCCUAGUACCAAAGUGGCACACACAGCACACUCCUAGUCACGGAUGGUUUCUUC